GGCCCUGGGGCCAGUGUUGCCUCGCUGACCUUUCACUCUUAGAAUCUCCGGACACAGAAAGUUCUUCUGAACGUGUAUCUUUUUGUAUCUUCCCCGCUCGCUCAUUGAGCACCCCCUAACAACCAGGUCUCAGCUCGGCUGCAGGCAGUGAGACCAGCGUGUAGCUGGCCAAGUGCUUCUCGGUAGCAAAGAGCUGAACAAUGACCAUAGUUGACAGAGCUCCCGAAUCGUCAGACCCCUCGACCUAUCAGAACCAGCCUGGCAGCUCCGACGCCGUCUCGCCCGGAGACAUGGAUGCAGGGUCUGCCAGCUGGGGCGCCGUGUCUUCCUUAAACGACGUUGCGAACCACACUCUCUCCUUAGGACCGGUCCCCGGUGCUGUAGUGUACUCCGCUUCAGCUGUUCCCGAGAAAGCAAAGCCGUCUCCGCAGAAGGAUCAAGUCCUAGGUGAUGGCAUUGCUCCUCCACAAAGAGUUCUUUUCCCAUCUGAGAAGAUUUGUCUUAAGUGGCAACAAACUCACAGAGUUGGAGCUGGGCUUCAGAAUUUGGGCAACACUUGCUUUGCCAACGCAGCUCUGCAGUGUCUGACUUACACGCCACCUCUCGCCAACUACAUGCUCUCACACGAACACUCCAAGACAUGUCAUGCAGAAGGGUUCUGUAUGAUGUGCACCAUGCAGGCUCACAUCACCCAGGCUCUCAGCAACCCCGGCGAUGUCAUUAAGCCCAUGUUUGUCAUUAAUGAGAUGAGGCGUAUAGCUCGGCAUUUCCGCUUCGGGAACCAGGAAGACGCCCACGAGUUCCUGCAGUACACUGUGGACGCUAUGCAGAAAGCCUGUCUGAACGGCAGCAAUAAGUUAGACAGACACACCCAGGCCACCACACUGGUCUGUCAGAUAUUCGGUGGAUACCUGAGAUCUAGAGUCAAAUGUUUGAAUUGCAAAGGCGUUUCAGAUACUUUUGAUCCGUACCUUGAUAUAACAUUGGAGAUAAAGGCUGCACAGAGCGUGAACAAGGCGCUGGAGCAGUUUGUGAAGCCGGAGCAGCUGGACGGGGAGAACUCCUACAAGUGCAGCAAAUGUAAAAAGAUGGUUCCAGCUUCAAAGAGAUUCACCAUCCAUCGAUCUUCUAAUGUUCUUACUCUUUCUCUGAAACGGUUUGCAAAUUUUACUGGUGGAAAAAUCGCUAAGGAUGUGAAAUAUCCCGAGUAUCUCGAUAUCCGGCCGUACAUGUCUCAGCCCAGUGGGGAACCGAUCAUCUACGUCUUGUAUGCGGUCCUGGUACACACCGGCUUUAACUGCCAUGCGGGUCAUUACUUCUGCUACAUCAAGGCUAGCAACGGCCUCUGGUACCAAAUGAAUGACUCCAUCGUGUCUACCAGUGAUAUCAGAUCGGUACUCAGCCAGCAAGCUUACGUCCUCUUUUACAUCAGGUCCCACGAUGUGAAAAAUGGAGGCGAACCGACCCAUCCCACCCACAGUCCUGGUCAGUCCUCUCCCCGACCAGUCAUCAGCCAGCGGGUCGCCAACAGCAAGCAGACAGCGUCUGGCUUCAUUGGCCCCCAGCUUCCCGCCCACAUGAUGAAGAACCCCCCUCACCUCAAUGGGACCGGGCCGUUGAAGGAGACACCGAGCAGCUCCAUAUCGACGCCUAAUGGCAACUCGAGUGUCACCCGGGCUGGUCCCGUGGCUGCCUCGACCUCCGUUCAGAAUUGGUCGGUGAACCGGUCCUCUGUUAUCCCUGAGCACCCCAAGAAGCAAAAGAUCACCAUCAGUAUUCACAACAAGCUGCCUGUCCGCCAAGGCCAGCCUCCGCCCAGCCUCCAUGGCAACUCUCUGGAGAACCCCAGCAAGCCCGCUCCCUCAGCCACCAUCACCAGUCCCUCCGCAGCCCAGUCUACCUCGAGCGCACCCCCAAUACCAGCCGCCGGCCACACAGCCAGGCAGCCCGCGAGUGAGUCCUGCCCCAAGCCUGUGGUGAAUGGCAAGUCCAAGCUGAACUCCAGCGUCCUGGUCCCUUAUGGCGCCGAGUCCUCCGAGGACUCUGACGAAGAUGCCAGGGGCCCGGGCAGGGAGAACGGCGUGGGCACUGCCGAGGGCGCCCGCUCACCCACUCCGGCCACGGAGGACGCGGAGGCCGCCGAGGCCCCCCGGCAUGAGCUUCACGAACCCGUGACCCUUAACGGUGCUAACGGCGCAGAUGGUGACCCUAAGGAGAGUGGCUUGCUGUGCGAGGGGGUGGGCUCCCAUGGCCAGCCCACCCUGAACUCGCAGAACCCCUUCUCCAAGGCCAACGGGCUGCCUGCCAAGCUGCCGCCUGCUCCUCUGGCGCCCCUCCCAGAGGACAGAGUCCUGGAGACCUUCAGACCCAGCCACAGCGCAAAGGGCCCUGCAGAGGCGGCCAGUCCAAGCGGAGCAGAACAAAGUCCGCCUGGGGAUCCUGAGGUGGAUGGAGAGGCUGGCAGCCCCACUCCGGAUUCCCACGAGAGACCGGAGGCGCUCUCGAGUCUCGGCAGCCAGUCAGAAGCGGCUCCGCUGCCCUCGGACCCCAGUCCACAGUCUACCAAAGACGUCGUCUCCGAGGAUCUCUCUACACGGCCUGUCGAGCUUGUGCCCAGCCCCGGCAGCCCCUGCCCUCCCCAGCAGGAUACCCCCAAGGACUGCCCACUUUCUCCAAUGGGGGACCCCGGUGAGCCUGGUGGACCCUCUCCAGAGGCCGGCGGGGUGCCGGCAGGGAGUCCACGGACCGAUGUGGUCACGGUGGACGUGGAGGGGAGGCUGAGCCCGGCUCCCCCUGCACAGGCAGAUGGCGGCUGUGAGCGCCAACUCCUCUUCUCUGUUGCUCGGGACAAAUGCACGCAUCCCUCAGACCCCUCGGCGAGCACCCCAGAGGAGCUGCCUGCCGCCCUGCCCGGCAGGAUCACAGAAAACCAUUCAGGAGAGGCCCUCGAUCUGGGCCAUGGGGACCAAGGUGAAGAGGACAAGGUAGAGCAGAAGGUUCCGGACCCCUCUCCAGCAAAGGAAAAGAUCAGCAGCCUCCGGAAAGUGGACCGUGGGCACUACCGGAACUGGAGAGACCGCUCCUCCAGCGGCGAGCGUGCCCGCGAGAGCCGGAGCAAGACAGAGGACCAGGACCGCUACCACCGCCGUCGGCACCCCUACGGGCGGGAGCGGGAGCGGGAGCGGCCCCGGCAGGAGCACCCCCGCACAGAGCAGUGCAGCGGGAGCCUGCACCCCCCCUGCCACAGCGACAGGCUCAGCCCGGGCGAGCGCCACCUGCCGGGCAGGUGCAGGCGUGGCCACCACCACUCACGCAGCCACGGCCCUGAGCAGGAGUGGAGCCGGCACCGCCAUUCGGAGAGUGAGCAUGCCUGGGGCCGGGGCAGGUACCACCCUGACAAGCUGCGCUGGGACAGAGGCCGCUACUACCAUGACAGGUACGCUCCAUACGCGGCCCGGGAGGCAUGGGACUGGAAGCCCUUCCACGGCGACCGUGACUACAAGGCCGGCCCCCCCGGCCGACCCCACGAGGACUACCACCGCACCAGGAAGGGCUACGAGCCAGCCGCCAGGGACAAGGAGCGCCACCACUUUAGCCCCCGCUCGGGCCCACCCCACGCCCCCCCACACCCCGACAGGCACGCCCAUGAGAAACUUGCGCUUGCCACAGAGGCCAGCUGCCACCUCACUGAUCGUUGCCACCAGCCCGAGGACGUGAAGCCACGGAAACGCAGGUACGAGAGCACGGAUGCUGCCGACGGCCACGAGGGGAAGAGAGCCUGGUGCAGCUGCCAUAAGAGCCCUUCGCAGGAGCCCAGAGCCAAGAAGCACAAGAAGUCCAAGAAGAAAAAGAAAUCCAAGCACCGAGCUCGGGAGUCCAGGUGUCACCAGGACUCAGACCUCUCAGUGGCCUGCUCAGACGUGGACCUCCACAGACACAGGAAGAAGAAGAAGAAAAAGAAGAGGCACUCGAGGAGAUCUGAGGACUUUGUCAGAGACCCUGAACAGCACUUACCCAAGGCCGUCAGCUCCGAGACUGUUGACCACUUCCGGAGGAGUGAGGGCGCACUCCCCCUCACUGAUGGCCUGCCUCUGGAAGGCACUGGGACUUCCCGGGAGAAGACAAAACACCUCCGGAUGGAGAGCAGGGAUGACAGGUGUCAUCUCUCUGCCUGUGGCCAGGGUGACUGAACACUUGGCCUCCAGACAUACAUUCUCUAGUCACGAUUCAGCGUCCAACAGAAGCCAUCCCAGCCCAGCUUAAAUUAUAUAGAAACUGUUCAAAUCUGCGUGGUGCUUCUUUAGUAUACUGUACAGAUUUUACCAUGGAGAACUUUUUCUUUAGUUUUUACCUUUUCUUAACGACCCUGAUUCCAAACAGAUAUGAACACUUUGUACAACUGCUGACACUGUAAAAUACCGUGUAACAUAGGGCACGCUGAGAACAUGCCCUGGACUAGAACACCUCAAAUGCUGCUCAACCAGACUCAGGUGGAUCCCUCACACCCCUGCAACGCUCCUCCCGGCUGACCCCGGCGCAAGACCAGGCCGGACAGAGCCCGUGGAAUUGCUCAAAGUACAAACUGACAGUGUGUAUAUUUAAUUUAUAGACUUAUUUAAAGACUUGAGAGCAUUCUGUUUUCUGUCAUGUCUGAUACUAGAAACUAAUUUGCUUAUUUCAGUUGUAUUCAAGAUUUGAAGAUGUAUUUUAUAGACAAGUUCUGUUUUUGAACUUUGUGGAACUAUUCCAAUCAAUUUCCCAGUUAUGAUGAGUAUUCACAUUAUGAAUGUAUAGCCCAAACUUUAUUUGUAAAGCCUACAGUAUGUUUUUAUUACAUCACUUUUUUAUACAGUG